AAAACAUUGAGCUAAUGUAACUGGUGAUUGUGUACUUGUUUUUGGUUAGAAGCUAUUAGUGAUUGCUGAAACAUUUGGGUGUGUAUCAAGUUGGUUGUUGGCUCCUUUUUGUCAAAGCUAACUGCCCAGGAUGUCCGAAAUGGAUGUCAAUGGAGACCUGUCGGAUGUGGAGGGAGAGGAUGAAGCUAACGCUGUAAGAGAGUUAACGAAAGAUGACAUCCAUGAGAGGCUCUCGUUACUGUGGCGGAUAGGAAAUGGAUAUACUUUCGUCAGACUGGACCUUCCCAACAACUCACUGAGUGACGUAUCGGUAAUCAGCAGGUAUAUCCACAUACGCUUUCUGGACCUGACCAACAACAACCUUACUGAUCUUUCUCCUCUGGCAGCUCAGGAUCAUUUGCUUUGGCUCAAGGUUGACAAAAAUGCGGCGGCAUCUUUUAAGGGGCAACCCUUUGCUGGGUUUCCCUUCCUGCAGUGGCUGAGUAUAGCAGCAAACAGGGUAACAGACCUAGAUGGCCUGGUUGGGCCUGCUGCCUUGGAAAGCCUCAAUCUUACAGGAAACAGCAUUCAGCUACUGAAUAGUUUUCAGAGUGACAACUUUACCAACCUGGUUCUCUUGGGAAACAAGUUGGAAACUACCAAAGGCAUUAACCUUCCAAACUUGCGCAAAUUAUAUUUGGCCCAAAAUGUUAUCACUCGCCUUGAGGGUUUGGAAAAGCUGGAGCGUCUCACAAUUCUUCAUCUUCGAGACAACCAGCUUGAAUCUUUGGAUGGUCUCAGUCCCUGCUUGAAGAGUCUUCAGUACCUCAAUGUCAGAGACAAUGCACUGUCUGAUGCUGAGGCCCUGCAAAGCCUCUGCCAUGUGUCACAAACCCUGCGAGCUGUAGUCCUUACUGGAAAUCUGCUGGCGGGAAUGCCAGGCUACCACCUGGAAGUGCUGAAGCUAAUGCCACAGCUGCAGCGACUUGACAAAGACCCUGUCACCCCCGAGGAGAGAAGUCAAGCACAAGAGGAAUUCAGGUUUCAGGAACUUCAAGAAUAGGAAACACCUCAGCGGUAAGAUUUCGAAAGAUGGGUGAAUAAGGACGUGUUGGCCUGAACGUUUCUGAAGAAGCAGGACUUCACUCCGUAAAGGAGGAACUUUGUGAUCUUCCUAGGAAAUAUUUUACCUAUUUUUUUUUUGUUUAAAAUAUUUUAGUCUUCAUUCUACAGCUAACAAUAAAACAGUUUCAUCAUUUUUUCCCGAUUGAUUCAUUGAAUGUAACAUGUCUUGUGAGUGGUGAUUGAAGGAUCACUGAAACAGAAACUUUUAUUGUGGGAAGUUUUUUUUACUGCGUAAGAAUGAGAGCACAAAAUCUGAGUACUUCCCUGUUGGCAGCCAUCCAACUACAGAUUUAAAGGAACAGUGUGU